UGUUCUCGAAUAUAUUUCUUCAACUUAUUUUUAAUUUUGCCCAAUGUUCUUUAUGAACUUUUGUGUUGCACAUAUAUAUUAACUAUAUAUGGAAGAUUAUUGGUAAAGCUGGAGGUAGUCGCGUUGGAAACUCCUGAAGGCAAAAAGAAGGCAAUUAUGAUACACGCAAAGUCUUAUAUUCUUCCAGCGGCUGGCAUAUUGCUUUUGAUUUCAAACUCCGAAAGCAAAUUUCUCCAUUCGGGAGUUGAAAACGACAGAUUCAAAGAAAAUCAUCUAUCAUUUGAAACUGAUUUAUGUCGAUCUCUUUUUAAUAUGUCUCGUUGUAGGGUUUCAUUCCUGCAAUGUGAUACCGUUCUCAACUUAGGAAAUGCCAUUCAAAAAUCUCGAAUGCUAAUGGAUUCAAUCGGCGGCAAUUGGACAAUGCAACGACAACAUGGGAGGAAGAUGAUCAGAAAAAAGAUGCGACUCAGAGAGAUGAUACAGAGGUAUCAAGAAAUGUCUUCAAUCGCUUCGAAAAAUAUUUUCAGAGUGAAGAGAAAGUUGUUGUCUUCAAGUUACAAAGCUAUACAAAAGUACUUGUAUUCUACAUGCAAUGCAAUGAACAUGCGACGAGAUGACAGUGAAUCUAUAUUUCAUAAUUCGCAAGGAUAUGGGGAAGAUACCGUGCUAUUCGAUGUGCUUGGCGAUGAUGUGUAUUCAACAUGGAAAGAUCGUUACAGGAACACGACAUAUACGUAAGUAAUUCACUUUUUUUGCUCUGGAUAAGUACUAUCAUGGCAGCAGCGGGAAAAGACAGUGUAACAUUUUUGUCGCAAUUUUGAAAAUAGGAUAACUGUGUAUGAACGACAAUUGCAACAAGUGAGACGGGAUAUUGUAACGUUCGCAUGAGCUUGAAAGUCGUGAGACGAAUUACCUUGAGGUCGUCGGUUAUUGUGAACCCCUCCAUGCACGACGACGAAAAGUCCAGUAAUUCUGAAGAUAUUUACACUGAAUUCAAGCUUAUUAGAAUCGUGCUACUGAUUGCACACAUAUCCAGACAAAUAUAAAUAUUACAGUAAUUGUAUACAAGUUCGAAUUGUGCAUAAAGAUUAUAAAUCGUAAAAGUUCAUUAGAGAUAUUGAUCUAAUUAAAAGUGCAAGAAGCUCAAACUUAAUACCAUUUCCCAAAUACGUUGUGACAUCCAUUGCAAACAAUCCUCCGAAAUAUUAAUAUUGAACUAACAUGUAUAUUGAACUAACUAGUAGCGUGUAUGUAUUCUCUGAGUGAAAUAGAUAUAUUAAAAUGAUGAUUUUGAAGCUGUAAUAUAAACCAUAAACCAAGCACAUGUGAAUAUAGAAUAGGGUCCUUUUUAUAGGAACAACGA